GAAACACUGGGAGCCGCAGACACAGGAAGAGGCCAAGGACUGGGAGACACCAGAGCUCCCUAGAGCUUCAGGUCAGGCUAUCAGACUCGGAAACCCCCUGCAAGUCCUGGGAACAAGGGUGCUCCCAAGAAUAGCUAAGAGACUGCAAGUGUCGCUGCUUCCCCCGCGGACCGCCUCUCCAUAAACCACGCCCACAGAGCCUACUUCUCAGGAUUCAGAGAGCUAAGGUUUAAGGGUCGCUGGUCCACCGACGCCAGCUUGUCUCGCUCUUCAGCAUCCCCGCUAGCUCUCAGGGCUGCCCUACCCCCACGGUUUGGAGAUCUGCGGGACCCCUUGGUUUCCCCUCCAGCUGGGCGAUCCGCCCCUGGCCUAUGAAACUCCACCUCCUCAUUCUCUGCUGGCCGGGAUUGGUGGUCCUCCCGCGGCGAGGCCUAGCGAUUGGUCCCCAUGGAUGAUGGUGACCAGCGAGACUCCGCCCCCAGCCGGCCUUGGGGUCUGGGGGCACUGCUCAGCGUUGCUGGGCUGGCAAGGCUUGAGCCGCCGCCGCACUGACAGCUCCGUCUGUGGACCAUGGAGACUGGCGCCGGUCCACACCCGCUGCGCCUGUUCGUCUGCCUGAUGCCACUCUGCCUCGUUCUGCUUGUGGGACCCGGGCGGCCCGGGACCGCCGAGGAAGUCAUCCUCCUGGACUCCAAAGCUUCCCAGGCUGAGCUGGGUUGGACUGCACUGCCGAGUAACGGGUGGGAGGAGAUUAGUGGCGUGGACGAACAUGACCGUCCCAUCCGGACAUACCAAGUAUGCAACGUGCUGGAGCCCAACCAGGACAACUGGCUGCAGACGGGUUGGAUUAGCCGCGGCCGUGGGCAGCGCAUCUUCGUGGAACUGCAGUUCACGCUGAGGGAUUGCAGCAGCAUCCCUGGCGCCGCAGGCACCUGCAAAGAGACUUUCAACGCUUACUACCUGGAAACCGAGGCCGACCUGGGACGUGGGCGUCCCCGCCUAGGAGGCAACCGGCCCCGCAAGAUAGACACUAUCGCCGCUGAUGAGAGCUUCACGCAAGGCGACCUGGGGGAACGCAAGAUGAAGCUGAACACAGAGGUGCGUGAGAUUGGCCCCCUCAGCCGGCAGGGUUUCCACCUAGCCUUCCAGGAUGUUGGUGCGUGUGUGGCACUGGUCUCGGUGCGUGUCUACUACAAGCAGUGCCGUGCCACAGUGCGGGGCCUGGCGGCCUUCCCCGCCACAGCAGCUGAGAGUGCCUUCUCCACCCUGGUGGAAGUGACUGGAACAUGUGUGUCCCACUCAGAAGGGGAGCCUGGCAGCCCUCCCCGCAUGCACUGUGGUGCCGAUGGCGAGUGGCUGGUGCCCGUGGGUCGUUGCAGCUGCAGUGCAGGAUUCCAGGAACGCGGUGACAUCUGUGAAGCCUGUCCCCCAGGGUUUUUCAAAGUGUCCCCAAGGCGGCCCCUCUGCUCACCAUGCCCGGAGCACAGCCUGGCUCUGGAGAAGGCCUCUACAUUCUGCGUGUGCCAGGACACCUAUGCUCGUUCACCCACUGACCCGCCCUCAGCUUCCUGCACCCGGCCGCCGUCCGCUCCACGGGACCUGCAGUACAGCCUGAGCCGCUCCCCCCUGGCGCUGCGGCUGCGCUGGCUGCCGCCUGCGGACUCCGGCGGCCGUUCCGACGUCACCUACUCGCUGCUGUGCCUGCUCUGCGGCCGCGACGGCCCGGCGGGCGCAUGCCAACCCUGCGGGCCACGUGUGGCCUUCGUUCCGCGCCAGGCCGGGCUGCGGGAACGAGCCGCCACGCUGCUGCACCUGCGGCCGGGCGCGCGCUACACCGUGCGCGUGGCCGCGCUCAACGGCGUCUCAGGCCCCGCGGCCGCCGCGGGAGCCACCUACGCGCAGGUCACAGUGUCCACCGGACCCGGGGAUCUUGUGGGCAGUGGGUCCAGGAGGAGCGUCCCACUCUGCUUACCUUCAGCACCCUGGGAGGAGGAUGAGAUCCGCAGGGACCGCGUGGAGCCUCAGAGCGUGUCCCUGUCAUGGCGGGAGCCUGUUCCUGCUGGAGCUCCCGGAGCCAACGGCACCGAGUAUGAGAUCCGCUACUACGAGAAGGGUCAGAGCGAGCAGAUGUACUCCACAGUGAAGACAGGGGCACCUGCUGUCACUGUCACCAACCUGAAGCCUGCUACCAGAUACGUUUUUCAGAUCCGGGCAGCCUCUCCAGGGCCUUCAUGGGAAGCCCAGAGCUUCAACCCAAGCAUCGAAGUGCAGACCCCAGGGGAAGUUGCCUCGGGGUCCAGAGACCAGAGUCCUGCUGUCGUUGUCACAGUUGUGACCGUCUCAGCCCUCCUGGUCCUGGGCUCUGUGAUGAGUGUGCUGGCUAUCUGGAGGAGGCCCUGCAAUGGCAAAGGAAGUGGGGACGCCCACGAUGAAGAGGAACUGUAUUUCCACUUCAAAGUCCCGACACGCCGCACGUUUCUAGAUCCCCAGAGCUGCGGGGACCCGUUGCAGGCUGUGCAUCUAUUCGCCAAGGAGCUAGAUGCCAAAAGCGUCACCCUGGAGAAGAGCUUGGGAGCAGGUCGGUUUGGGGACCUGUGCUGUGGCUGUCUGCAGCUGCCUGGUCGCCAGGAACUGCCUGUGGCCGUUCACACCCUGAGGGAUGGUUGCUCCGACUCGCAGAGGCUCAGCUUCCUGGCCGAGGCCCUCACCCUGGGGCAGUUUGACCACAGCCACAUUGUCCGGCUGGAAGGUGUUGUCACCCGAGGAAACCCCUUGAUGAUUGUCACUGAGUACAUGGACCUCGGGGCCCUUGAUGACUUCCUCAGGCAUCACGAGGGGGAGCUGAUGGCUGCACAGUUGAUGGGUCUGCUGCCUGGGCUGGCAUCAGCCAUGAAGUAUCUGUCAGAGAUGGGCUAUGUGCACCGGGGCCUGGCAGCCCGCCGAGUGCUUGUCAGCAGUGGCCUCAUCUGUAAGAUCUCUGGCUUUGGGCGGGGUCCCCGGGACCGAGCUGAAGCUGUCUACACUACCAUGAGUGGCCGGAGCCCAGCACUCUGGGCAGCUCCCGAGACGCUUCAGUUUGGUCACUUCAGUUCUGCUAGUGAUGUGUGGAGCUUUGGCAUUGUCAUGUGGGAGGUGAUGGCCUUUGGGGAGCGGCCCUACUGGGACAUGUCCGGACAAGAUGUGAUCAAAGCUGUGGAGGAUGGCUUCCGGCUGCCACCCCCCAGGAACUGCCCCUCCCCGCUGCACCGACUAAUGCUUGACUGCUGGCAGAAAGACCCGGGGGAGCGGCCCAGGUUCUCCCAGAUCCACAGCAUCCUGAGCAAGAUGGGGCAGGAGCCGGAGCCCUCCAAGUGUGCUGCGAACGCCUGUCUCAGGCCUCCCACCCCCCUGGCGGACCGUGCCUUCUCUACCUUCCCCUCCUUUGGCUCUGUGGGUGCCUGGCUGGAGGCUCUGGACCUGUGCCGCUACAAGGACAACUUCUCUGCAGCUGGCUAUGGGAGCCUGGAGGCUGUAGCCGAGAUGACCGCCCAAGACCUCGGGAGCCUGGGCAUCUCUUCCGCUGAGCAUCGAGAAGCCCUUCUGAGUGGGAUCAACGCCUUGCAGACUCGAGUGCUGCAGCUACAGGGUCAGGGGGUGCAGGUGUGAGCAGUUCAAUCCUGCCCAAGGACCUGUAAGCUACACCCCCCUUGGGUGGGAGGAGUGAGUGCUCUCUUACUCUUAGUGGGCCCUGAGCUGGUUGGUACCACGUUGUCCCCCUCCAUUUCAUAUUUCCUCUCAACACCUUGCUGACCUAGUGGUCCUAAAAUAAGAGGUUCAGAUCCCUGGAGAGGACCGCAGAGAUAACAGUAGGAAGAAUUUUAGGGUGUCAAGGGCAAAGCUGGUUGGGGAAGACAGUCAAUUUCAUUUUCCUGCUUGAGGUCCCUCGGUCUUUGACGCUCACUGGGGAUUGGGCCUAAUCAGUGGGCAUCUCAUUUCCCCAGAGAGUUUUUGGCCUGCCAGGUAGUAAGGGUCCUUGAGAGAGACCCAUUGGUUGUGGCAGAGGCCACAGCUGCCUGAGUGUGGAACCCUGGGCCAGUGAGUGGUGUUCCUUACUUCCUAUGCCUUGGCUAGUUCUGUCUGAACCCCAGUGCCAAGGCCCAAGCGGGAAAGCCGUGCUGAGCUCAGGGACUGGAUCCCCAGGCGGAGACUCCAGAGUGCUUCCUGCCUUGGGUUGGGAGGGCAGGAUGAGGGCCAGGCUCCUAGUAGAUCACACAGGUCCUGAUGUUCCCCCUGGGCCUGCCUGUCUCAUAUCUUUUGGAACUGAUUCAGAAGAGCACGGACUUGGGAUGGGGGUUGCACUGCAUUCUGGAGGGUGGAGAGAAGGAGGAAGAGACUGAGGAGGGAGUGGUUUGGACAGGCAGGUCCAACCCCAUCGUGUAGAUGAAAAAGUCAGAACCUAUAAUCUCAGAGCCAGGGUUGAUGCCAGACCAAAAUCCAGGGAGAAGGCUGGCUUGGAGAGAAGGUUGGUUGCCAUUCCCCAUGGCACCAGCGCUCUUCCCUGGGCAGCCCAGUGAACCCUGGCUGAGUGAGCCCCUUCAGGCUGCCCUGCCCUGCAUGCCAUGCUUCCUUGGUAGAGCGCCUGCCUUACUGUGUGCUGCACAGAGCCCGGGAAGGAGUGUGGUGCUGAGCUGACCAAUCUGCAAGGGCCCUGGCAGCUGGGAGAGUUUGACACCAAGCCGUCCUGGGAGGGCGGGAAGACUGCUGGGUGUGGACAGGACUGCUGGGGCCAAGGUUUUCUACAUCACUCCUGAUGGACACCCCUGCUCUGUUUUGCUGUGGCUGGAAAGAGCAGUGGGGAGUGGAGAGGCAGGAGGGGACUUCCCCUGGGGGACAGGGAAAAUGGGCAGGUGGACCGUUGACCUGUAUGUCUUGAGGGAUGUCCAGAAGGCUUCUUAGCUAAAGUCAGGAUUGAAUAAGGCCUUGAGGGGUAGAGCGUUCUCUCCAUAGCGUGGAUGGAGUUAUCAGCAGGUUCAGAAACCAAGCAGGGAUCUCUAACAGAGAGUGUGGGGGCUGGAAGCCACAGCAUCUUUGGGGAGUACCCCAUGGUGGGGGGUAGUGACUCAGCAGUGCCUUCGGCCUUGCCCUGCCAGCAGCAGCUCCUCCCUAAUCAGAGCCUGCCCUGUUGUUGGCUCUUUGCUCCCUGGGCAGCUGAACUCAGUGACUGCAGGAAUGCUGGAAUAGACUGGGAUACUGCGCCCCCCAUUGACAGAACUGGGGAAACUGAGACCCCCCCCCACAGGCGCUUCCUUCAUUCCCCCUCCAGGGAAAUCGGGCCCAUCAUCCAGGGUUCAUGGGACCAGUACCUCACCCCUAUCUCAGCCACAUCAGCCACUGUCAGGGUCAAACUCCUCCCUUCCCCAGCUGUCUGC